UUGUGUUGUGGAAGUGUUGUUGAUCGGGACGCGCUAAUCGAAGUUUUUUUUUCUGGAGUUGCUUGCUAUUCCUGCAAGAUGUCGAUAGAAAUUGAAUCGGCUGAUGUGAUCAGGUUGAUCCAACAGUACCUAAAGGAAAAUAACCUGACACGAACACUACGAGCUCUUCAGGAGGAAACUUCCAUCACGCUCAACACAGUGGACUCCGUGGAGAGCUUCAUGGCAGAUAUCAAUCAGGGUCACUGGGAUACUGUGCUCAAGGCAAUCCAAACACUGAAACUCCCAGACAAGAAACUCAUUGACUUAUAUGAGCAGGUUGUUCUGGAGCUGAUAGAACUGAGAGAGUUGGGAGCUGCCAAGUCAGUGCUACGAAAUACAGAUCCCCUUAUUAUGUUGAAGCAGACUGUACCAGAAAGGUAUGUCCAUUUGGAGAACCUGAUAGCCCGUUCAUAUUUUGAUCCUCGAGAAGCAUAUCCUGAAGGAGUAACAAAGGAGAGGAGGAGGGCAGCAAUCGCAGCAGCCCUGGCAGGCGAAGUGUCAGUCGUGCCACCAUCUCGUCUCUUAGCCCUCCUUGGGCAGGCCCUCAAGUGGCAGCAGCAUCAGGGUCUUCUGCCACCUGGUACCCAGAUUGAUUUGUUCCGAGGUAAGGCAGCCAUGAGGGAGCAAGAGGAGGAGAAAGUACCCACACAGCUGGCAAGAUUUAUCCGUUUCCCACAAAAAGCACAUGUAGAGAGUGCGCACUUCAGUCCUGAUGGACAGUACCUUGUCACUGGCAGCUUUGAUGGCAUUAUAGAAGUAUGGAAUUUCACCACAGGUAAAAUUCGUAAGGAUUUAAAGUACCAAGAAAAAGAUUCGUACAUGAUGAUGGAAUCUGCUGUACUGAGUUUAGCCUUCAGCAGAGAUUCUGAAAUGCUGUCUGCUGGCUCUCAGGGAGGACAAGUUAAGGUAUGGCGUGUCAGUACAGGUCAGUGCCUGCGGAAGGUAGAACGUGCUCACUCUGAGGGUGUAACAUCCCUUGCCUUCAACAAAGAUAACAGUCAAGUUUUGUCCACAUCCUUUGACAACACACUCAGAAUACAUGGAUUAAAAUCUGGAAAGACGUUAAAGGAAUUUCGCGGUCACUCUUCAUUUGUCAACCAAGCCACAUUUACCCAAGAUGGACACAAUAUAAUCAGUGCAUCAUCAGAUGGUACUGUCAAAGUCUGGUCAGUCAAAACCACAGAAUGUAUAGCUACCUUCAAGUCACUGGCUGGUGUGACCUCAGUGGAUCUUCCAGUAUUCUCUGUCCACAUCUUACCCAAGAACCCAGACCACAUCGUAGUGUGUAAUCGGUCCAACACUGUGACUAUUAUGAACAUGCAAGGCCAGACAGUCAGGUCACUGUCCUCAGGUAAGAGAGAGGGUGGUGACUUCGUAUCAUGUGUCGUGUCACCUCGUGGAGAGUGGAUCUAUUGUGUUGGUGAGGAUCAGGUGUUAUACUGCUUCUCUACUUCUACAGGCAAGCUAGAGAGAACUUUGAAUGUCCACGAGCAGUCUGUGAUUGGUAUGUGUCACCAUCCACAUCAGAACUUGUUGGCCACUUUCAGUGAAGAAGGUUUACUCAAGCUGUGGAAACCUUGAGUUUGAAGAGUAGUGGAAAGUGUUAGUGAUGGAAUACUGAUGUUAUUCACUGCUGACUUCAGAUUUUUUCUUUCUCUGAUUGUUCAUAGCAGAUUAAUUUUGUGUAUCUCUCUUGUCUGAGUAUGUUCAGUUUCUGUCAAGAUGGGUUAUGAGAGUAUUGUUUAAAUUAUCUUUGCAAGUGGUUUAUGUGUCAAAGAAGAUUGACUUAGAAGUAUGAAGUUUUAUGCUUUAAUUUUGUAUAUUUAAGAUCUUAAUUUUUAAUUUUUAAUUUUUCAUAAAAUACUGCCUCAUAGAAUAUGCUUUAUGAAAGUGUAAUAAAUUUACUCCUCUA